AUAGUCCCAAUGUGUCACGUGAUAAUACAGCCAUGCGUCUUUUAUGCAAUAUGGCGACCGGCAAAGGACUUGCAAUCGUUUUCCGACCAAAAACUAUUAAUUUAAUCAGCAAUAAUAAAUUAAAUAAAUUGCCAUGUGGUAUUGUGCAAAGAUGUAGCACGUGUCAUCGAUCUAUUACAACAGUAGCAUUGAGUGUCGGCAGUUGGAACUCGAAAAAAUCAGGAAAAUAUAUGAUAGAAAAUUUAUCCAAAGUUCAAAGAGGAAUACAUACAACAUGCAAUCUAUUAAAACGUAAUUAUUAUGAAAUAUUGGGUGUAUCUAAGAAUGCUGCUGCAAAGGAUAUUAAAAAGGCUUACUAUCAGCUUGCUAAAAAGUAUCAUCCUGAUACAAAUAAAGGAGAUCCUGAUGCAAGUAGAAAGUUUCAAGAAGUUUCAGAAGCAUACGAAGUAUUAAGUGAUGAUCAGAAAAGAAAAGAGUAUGACACGUGGGGAGCCACAUCAGAACAAAUGGGGAUGGGACAGGGUCGUGGUGGUGGUGGUGGCCAUACUGGAGAUUUUACCGAAGGUUGGCAAUUCAGAUCAUCCAUCAACCCGGAAGAAUUAUUUAGAAAGAUAUUUGGAGAAGCUGGAUUUCAAAGUAAUAUCUUUAAUGAUUUUGAAGAUUAUCAAGAAUCAAAGUUUGGUUUUGGAGCUGCUCAAGAGGUUGUUAUGAAUUUAACAUUUUCUCAAGCUGCCAGAGGAGUGAAUAAAGAUAUUGAGUUAAAUGUAGUAGAUCAGUGUCCAAAAUGUUCAGGGUCACGAUGUGAACCAGGAACGAAAGCAGUUAGGUGCCAAUAUUGCAAUGGAACUGGAAUGGAAACAAUUAGUACUGGCCCUUUUGUAAUGAGAUCUACUUGUCGUUAUUGUCAUGGUAGCAGAAUGUUCAUUAAAUAUCCAUGCUCGGAAUGUCAAGCAAAAGGACAAACGGUGCAACGCAGGAAAAUAACAGUCCCAGUACCAGCUGGUGUUGAAGAUGGUCAAACUAUUCGGAUGACUGUUGGUAGUAAAGAAAUAUUUAUAACAUUCCGUGUGGAAAAAUCGAAAUACUUUCGAAGAGAUGGUCCAGACGUACAUACGGAUGCGCAAAUUUCGUUAUCACAAGCAGUACUGGGUGGUACCAUAAGAAUAGAAGGCAUUUAUGAAGAUCAUACUAUACAAAUUCGGCCUGGCACUUCGUCCCAUACUAAAAUUCGACUUAAUAAUAAAGGAAUGAAAAAAGUAAAUGGCACAGGACAUGGAGACCAUUAUGUACAAAUUAAAAUUGUUGUACCUACAAAAUUAACUAAUAAACAAUUGGCAUUACUCCAAGCUUAUGCUGAACUUGAAGAUGAUACACCUGGAACUAUAUAUAGCAUAACAUAUAAAACAGAUGGAACUAAACAAAGUUAUACUGGUCCUUUGGAUUUGGUAGAAUCCAUACGAAUAGCAUUAGGUGAUAAGGAUAUUUCUCAUAUAAACUCUGGGUCUUCUGAAUGCGAAGGUCGAGAAGAUAAAUCUCAAAAUAAUACUGGAAUGAAAAGCAGUAGUUCGAUAAAUGAAGAUGUUGACGCAAUGAGAAAACGAAAAGUAUCUUAAAUUCAAUGACUAAAAAAUUAUUUGCAGCAUCACUAGAAGCAGUUAAAUAAGAAAUAUAAAUGUUAUUAUCAUGUAAAAGAUUCUGAUGCAUCGAUAUUAUAAAUAUUACUUAAAUUUCAAACAAAUUGACUGUAAUCCACUUUUUCAAACGUAAUUAUAUAUUGGGAAUAUUGUUUAUUUGAUUAACAUAGCUUGUGAAUGUACUUUUGCAAAUGUAUUUAUACAAAGAUUAAUAGUUACCGAAGUAUCAGAAUUAAUAGAUAAUUAUAGUUAUAUUACUUGUGUAAUAAACUAUGCAAACUGUCAUAUUUCUA